CUUCUUUCUUCCCAAGAGAAUACGAGUAUAGAUUUUUCAGAUUCUAUAGUUGACCAAGAGGAUCAUAUUGUAGCUCUAUUUGAAGAUAAAAAAGAACAAAUAAAGUUAACACUCUCACAA